GCACGUGUUUGAUUUAGUGGACGGUGGUUGGGCCUCCAUCUCCAUCGCAUCCCUCCUUUGACGACUCACGACUAGGCAGACAAGCGGGGCACUAGCAUCAGCAGCAGUGUGGUCAGCACCCACUCUGUAGUGUAGGUCGUCUGGCUUGAGUCCGGCUCGCUCAUCUGGAGGGACCCAACCAGGCGGUGCCCCCUGCGCAGACACAAAUAACGACCACCCAUCCGUCGCCGAAGAGACGAGGGGCUUGACCGAAAUGGCGACGGAACUCAUCAAGUACCUCGUUGACGAGGUCACGUCCGACGGACUUGGAGGCUCAUCAAUCGCCAGAAUCGAUGGCUUUCUCGACUCAUACAGCGGGACCGAGGCUGGACCCGGUCAAGUCAUAGACGAAUCCCUUCGACGCUACCUCGUGGCCAGCCUCCUGCACCAACCCGACAUGGUCGCCGGCAAAUUUAGGGCGCGGUCCGGCGCCUCUUCUCUCAAGUCAGUCAAGGGCAAGGCCAAGAAGAGGCAGCAGUCCGAAGAUGAUGACGAAGACGAAGACGAAGAGGGGCCCAAAGGAGCCCAGAAGAAAGUGACAAAGGCCUACGACACAAAGAAGCUAUCAGAGGGCGAUGUGAUGGACACCGUCGCGACCGACGACGAAGCCAAGGUUCUUGGUGUCGACGCAAUGGUUGAACGCUACGGCGAUGAUUUCCGCAUCGCCCUUGACGGCACCAAACUCAAGGAGCACCUUCUCGGCAAUGCGUCGGUUCUCACGACGCCGAUGUACUACUCCUACCUCCUCCUUCUCAAGAGCCGGGGUGAAGGAGUGACGUUCCCAGAGCUGGGCGAGGCACUCAAUUACAAUGCGGCCACCGUCUUCUGGGUUGGUCAAGUCCUGCAGAGCAACGACCUCGCUUACAAGAUCCGCGAUCAUGUCGGCAAGACCCUCGUCAGCAGACUAAUUUCGAAAAAGUAUGCCCACCUUUGCCCAAAGUACAACGCCUCGGAACGGUACAAUGCGCGGAUGGCUGAAGGACAGUCGGCCGCUUUCGCCGGUCUUGAGCUACCGAGCGAGACAGACACGGCAAACCCGCAGGAAAUGUCUCCGGCCGCCAUCGACUCUCUCAUGGCUGGCUCAAAGGGCGCGUCGGCAUUGACGUCAUCCGAGGGCGACACUCACGUCAACGGAGAGGAUGAAGCUGGGCAGAAAGGCAAGGAGGACCAGACAAAAGCCGAUGACAGCGAAUACAUGACGACGCUUCGAGGGAUGCUGGCUUACCCUCCCGUGGACCCAGAUGAAUGCAAGGCGCUCCUCUCCGAUCGAACUGUCAUUCGGCUUCGAGUGAUGAGGCUCCUCAUGGCCUCGCGCAAUCACUCGACGGUGCUGCACGAUCUGGUCGUGCGCGUGGGCGUGUCCAGUGCGCAGAAAAAUGAGCGCAAGAUCUUCAAUUCCAUUAUCAAAGCCAUGGAAGACGAUGGCCACAUUGAGCGCUUCGACAUGCGGAGGACCAAGGGCAUGGGUCUCGAGGAGAAGUACGAGCGAUGCAUCAGAGCGACGGCAAAGGGCACGGAGUACGCCGAGGUCGCCUUUGCACCCCCAGCGGAGCGCGAGGCGAUGCAGCUCAAAGAGACAAUGACGAAGGAGCUCGACUCGUCGGUCAGCCGGCUCGUGGCAGAGACGACGGUGGAGCGGCAGAUUCUCGAGUUUGUAGCAAAGACUGGAUCCACAGGCGCCCUCAUCGAUCAGACUACGACGGCGCUGGGAGGCGACUUGCAGCGGCGCAGGCUUGUAGAGUCCCUCCUCAAGGACGCUCGUCUCAACAACGGCGCCUAUGAGGACUUGGCGAUCGCCACAUCGCUGGAGCAGGACAGGAGAACGCGACAAAGUCGUUACUGGUCGGGUGUCUCGAACCCGGUUGACAGCCAGAGCGGUCGGCCUAACCUCAAGUCACUUGACAAGUGGAUCGAUCUGCCGGGAGAGCAAGAGUAUCCAACAAGCAAGUACUGGAAGGCUGCUAUGAGUGGUUCAAGUGGUCAAAGCGCUGGGAGUGCGAACAAGAGGCAGAAGGUUGGGCUAGACGGAAAGCCGCCGAAGAAAGGAAGACCGACGCGGGAAGAGGCAGCCAGAAAACUGCAAUUGAAGGAAAUGGAGCGUGCGAAUAGUCAACAGGAGCACAACGAAGAGGCGCAAGGUACGGAGAAUGGCCGUGCGGCGCCUCCUGCCGAACCCUCGACGGCACCGACCCCUGCCACCACCGCUCAAGAAGACCGUCCUGAAGAGACCUCAGUGGCUGACGAUGAUAUCUUUGCAACGGGCCUCGGCGGGUCCCUCGCAUCGGAGACUGCAACCAAGAAGCUGGGCGCGAUGUCUCCAACGCCGUCUAAAGCGCCGAAGGAUGUCUUGUCCGACUCUUUCCGAAAGAACCGAACCGUCGUCAUGAAGGUUCAGAUGCUCGAAGACUUCUUCCAGGAGUUUGGCAUCGUCGAGUCGAUGGCGAUGCAGAAACAGUACGUCGACUUCGUGCAGGGAAAGACUGGAUCCCAGGAAGCAUCGGCUCCGUACCUGAUGGAUCGCAAGCUCCGCGACAAGCUACUCGGCGAGUUGUCGAAGCAAGGCAAGGUCAAGACGACGAGGGUGGCCAGCGAUACGGGUGUGCCGGGCGGAGCAAAACGGCAGCGGAUCCUGCACUGGAGAUCGGACUUGGACCUAGCGAGGGUGGCUGAGUUUUCCCGAGCGGUGCAAGAGGGAAGAGAGGGCUUCCAGUUCAGCCAGCGAACGUUCGGACAGCGUCACGCUGCCACGACGGUGCCAGAGGGUCACGUCGAUGUUCCCACCCAGUUCUACAGCCGCGCGGGCCGGUGGGUCGAUUUCAGUGCGCCAUCGCUCGACGACCUCGUCAGCAAGCCUCAGUAUCGCAAGCAGCUGGUGAGCAACGCCAUCUGCAGAGAACGGUACGCGGGGCGCAUCGUCGGCUCUGCAGCCAGGCUCCAAUACCUUCACACCGUCAUCAUCGGGCUGCUCUUGGAUGGUACGAACGAGUACAGAAAGGAGCGCAACAUUCUGGACACGACCUGGUUCUGGACCGAGGCAGACCUGCGUCUAUACCUCAAGCUCGCACCUGUACCUAUGAAUGAAGCGCUCUUGGAAGCAAGCCAGGACGACGCCAGGCGCAGACUUCCGCUAAAAAUGCAAGACGAAGAAAUCGGGCGUGCGCUCGAGCUUGGAUCGCAUGGCGCAGGAGGGUUGACCAUGAUCAGGCCGAUGCUGCGCGCCCUCGAUAUACUGGGGCUCGCCAAGCCAGUCCGACGAGCUCUUGCAGGGGGCUAUGAGGAUUGCAGCUGGUAUGAUGAGACGACGCUGGUGCGCUUCGAGCUGGAGCCUCGACACUGCGGAAUCGAGCCAAGCGAUCUAUCGCUGAAGCAGCUCGCAAAGCCAAUGGUCCUCCGCUCGCUCGAGGAUGCCGACGCAUUCUGGGCCGCCAUCGAAAAGGCCAGCCAGCCGGCAUCCCCCGCGCAGAUCUUGCCUGCAGCCGUCGACGAGGACCCGGUCUCUCUGCUAGGACAGAGGAGGCAGGUGUGGGAUGCCGUCUUCAAGAACAAGUCGAGCUGGUUCGAUGGCAAGAACAUCCUGGGCUCUCAGAAGCUUUUCCUGCAAAUGGCGCAGGAGCUAGGCAUCACGGUGGAAUCCCUCAAGAAUGACGACUUGAUGGACAAACUCAGCUAUGCAUCGCUUGUACCCGUCCGACUUGUCGUGCGCUUCUACGAACGCGAGUUCAGUGUCAGCGUAGACAAGCGGAGACGAAGCCGACAAGUCGGCUCAGAGGGCCGGCCGAACCGGGCCCUUGCCGCUGGCCAGGUUUUCUUUGGACCGAUGACGAAGAUACAGGCCGCAAGGGCCAAGACCAAGGAGAAGCGGGCGCGGCAGGACCGGAGACGUCAGUGGGACAAUCGGCUGCAGGAGCUCCUCGAUCAGCGCGGCUUCUCAGCGGAGCAAAAGGACGUCCUGGCAGACUCGCUCGCCAAGACGAGAAAGAUUUUUGUGCAGAGGCCAGAGGCGACAAAGGGGCUGGACGUUCUCGAGGAGAGCCUCAAUGUGGUGGAGGAGGUGCUCUACCCAGGCAUCUGGGGUCCAAAGGGGCGGAAGAGCAAGCGUGGUGAGACGGAGGACAACGAAGGGGACGAAGAGGAUGGUGGUCAUGAAGAGGACGAGGGAGCCGAAGAAGAUGAGGCGGAUCAAGGCUUGCUCGCCGUCAACGUCCAGCGACAAGGUAAAAGGCACAUGUUCGAAUGGAACGCGGCGAGGGACGAGCUGCUGCGAGACGCAUGCGUAAUUCUUCGGGCGCGCGACAAGGAGAGGAGCAGCCACAGCCUCGGUUUCGUUCCGGACGCCCGCGGUCAGACUCUCAUUGAACGGUUCAAGCGGCUGCAGAGCGACCUGGGCGAGGAGGCCUACCUUGCCCAGCUCGAAGCAGAGUGGACGCAGAUCUGGAAGGCACACCGUGGCACCGCACUCCUGCCAGACGAAGAUCCGGCGCACGCAACAAGGGGCUUUGAGCUCAAACGGCACGUCGAAUUUCUGCGCGAGAACAUUGACAAGAUCGAAGUGACAAACACGGUCGAAAGUUCGUCGGGCGAGCCGUUGCCGUUGGACAUUGCUUCUGUGGCAGAGGACUGGGACUGGGAAAGGCCGCCCGCCUGGAUUAUGGAGGGCAAGUCGGGAGGUAGCAGCGGAGUGGGAAAUGCUUCCUUGGUCAAUACUGCCCACGCAGAGUGGACCGCUGGAACAUGGGCCCUGUCGAUGGCCCCGUCCAAGGUCGUUAAUGGCUCGAAAAUCCUGGCGGGAGGAGCCAACGAACGCCAGUCGAGGUUGGCAGAGGCACUUGUCAAGUCUUUGCUCGUCACUGGGACAGAGGACAAUGGCGACGAGUGGAACGAGGGCUUAGCAGUCAAGCUGUGCGACUAUGUCGGUGAGGAUAUCGUCGAUCGAGCGGUGACGAGGCUACUGCGUCGAGGUAUCGUGAAGAAGAAGCAGUCGAUCGACGAGGGUAGACGCUUGCCUGGACGAAACUUUGCCUUCGUGGAGGAGCUCGAGAUCUUGCUGCUGCACGAAAUUGCGAGCGGGAACGGGAGCGGAAGUGGCGGCAGCAACAGCAGAAGGCUGAUGGAAGAGAUCAGAAUGCACGCGGACCUUGCAAAGAGGGCGCGGGAAAAGGCGCACAAGAAGGAGAUGGUGGCGAGCAUCUUUCGAAAUGCCGACGACACGGAGGCUGCACUAGCCGUGACGCUGCUGAGCCAGAGCAACAGUCAAGGCGAUGUGAGGGCGGAAUGGGACCUCAAGCCGCUCAAACAGAUGCGCGACAGUCGCAUGGUCAACGGUCGGAGGAUGGAGGACUUUGAGCUCGAAUUUGGCAUCGAGGUAAUCGGCCUCAAGGUGGACGACGGGCCAGUGAUGGAGAAGAUGCGCCACUUUGUCGAGGUGGAGAGCGUAUCUCGGGAGGAACAGCACGUCUCUGCGCCCAGCUCUGUCUCGCUCGAAGAGGCAUUUAGCUCGCUGAUGGCCAGUCUCGACGAUGACGACAGAGAGCUCCAGAAAGCCCUCAUUAAAUCCAAGGCCGGACUCGUCGAAGCCAAUGCCGAAGGGCUGACAGCGGACCAAUUGUUCGCCUGCAUCGAUUCCCAAGACCUCGCCUCGGGCUCAUCCUCAUGGGAUCAGACGCGGCUACUAGAGCGCGUCGUGGACUGCUUGACGUCAAAGAAUGAUGCCGAGAGGCUGCAAAUGGCCUUCUGGACCGGCUUUGACGAACCGAGGCUCGUCUGGUCGAAAUUCGUCACGGCGUGGUGCCUACCAUGCGAUUGGCCUUCUCCACCUGCCAACGAGGACAUGGAAGAAGAGGGGCCACGUUACCAUUUUCCACGACUUUGGAAGGACGUGCAUGGCAAGGUCGUCAUGCGUGUGUGGAAGCGAUGCGUCAAGCUCGUUGCGCUCCACUGUCUGGUUCGACCCGGUAUCACUAGGGCACACCUUAUUUCGACACUCGCUCCGCUGAUGGAUCGGCGAGAAGUCGUCAGGCUGUUGGAGGUCGUCUGCAAGAUUGGUCUCGUCAGCGCCAGGCCCUGCCUAUUGACGACCAGCGAAGAGCAUGGCGAGGUUCAAGCCUGGCAGGACGACAAGGUAUGUUACAUUCCGCUCCUCCAGCCUGAGCACGACGAUGAGGACGAAGAAGAAGAAGAGGAAGAGAGAGAGGCCGACACCAAGACGAGGAUCCCUUGGUACGCCUAUGCAACUCUCUGAGAUUGCGAUACAUGUAUUAUACUUUUACCCCGUCUUCUCAUCUGUAGUAGUAUUACAAUUGCGGAGUGACCACCGGUCGGUCCUUUUCCAGCACUGUCGAAGCCAGCUUGAACUUUGUCGCGGCCUGUCCCUCAACGCAGUAAGCUAAGAUGCCCACGUCAAAGGCCAAGGGCUGUUGAUUUUGUUCUUGAUCGAUUGGGUUGGAUCGAGCAAGGCCCAGGAUGGGUCCGAGACGCUUGACGAGCCGGCGCAUCGACCUUGGCCGGCGCACGACAUCUCUCGGAUGCAGACCAUGCAAAAAGUGAGC